AUGUCAAGGCGCGAAGCCUACAAGCAGGUGAGACUGAUUCUGGGGCUUGAUUUUGGAACGACUUUCUCAGACCCAGCCAUUUGCUUCGCCACCAGCAACACGACUGAUCUCGGGGAGAUUUACACAUUCACAGCUUGGCCCGGUAGCUGUGAACAAGCUGGCGAACACCAUGUGAAAACACCGUCACGUAUUGCAUACGCUAGGGAGAACACGGGCAAUAGCGAGAACGACGCCUUGACUUCGGAUGUGACUGGAUAUGAGGUCGAAGCUGGAUACCGCUCCUACAGCUGGUUCAAGCUUCUUCUUGAUGGGACCGCACUAUCCUCGGAGUAUGAUGAUCCUGAGCUCAAGCUGGGGCGGUCAGAAGGGCUUAUGUGCCUCCCUGCUGACAAGUCCGCCAAGGAUGUAACCACUGACUACCUUCGCGGUCUGUACCAGACGUGCCAAGAAAGACUUAAUCGAACCUUUGGGAAUGGGAGACUGGCCUCCCAGCUGCGAUAUCCUGUCGACGUCUGGCUGACCGUACCCGCAACCUGGUCUGACAAGGCCAAACUUCUUACCCAAAGAGCAGCCAAGGACGCAGGCUUUGCUAGUCACCCGGGUGACCGAAUGUUUAUCAUUGCCGAGCCCGAGGCCGCAGCGCUGGCAGCACUGAAAGCUACUAUUUCAAAAGUUGACGAUCUCGUCCAGGUUGGAGAUCAUGUUCUCAUCUGCGACUGUGGCGGCGGUACAGUAGACAUCACCACUUACAAUGUUCUGUCGACCAAACCAACAUUGGAGCUCGAGGAGCUGCUAGUGGGCAUUGGUGCCAAGUGUGGUUCGACAACCAUCGAUCGCAACAUAUACAAGCUGAUGGUAGAACGGUUCGGGGAUGCCUUCACAAGUCUUGAUGGUCGUUGUACGGGCCUUGGCAGCUAUUUUAUGUCCACGUUGGAGAACUUCAAGAAGGGUUUCAGCCUUGCAAGGGCCAAGAAGCGCCCCAGCCGCAUCCCCCUCAAGAUGCGAAAUGUGCCGGCAGAGGCGAUCGCCAGCAAUCAUUACGAUGCAGACUUGGACGCGGUCCUUUUGAGCGCUGAUGAUAUGAAGAAUCUCUUCGAUCCUGUCAUUGACAAUAUUUGCGGCCUUCUUGGCGAUCAAAUCACUAAAGCCCAAGAGGACGUGAAGGAGGACGUGGAGGGCAAAAGAAUGAAGGUCAUCCUGGUGGGCGGCUUUGCCUCAUCGCCUUACUUGUGCGAGAGACUCGAGGCUUUUCUGGAGGAUAGGAACGCGACUCUGGCUACGCCUAUGAAGGAUGCCUGGUCGGCUAUAGCUCGGGGCGCCGUCAUCAGGGGCCUCGAGGGAGAGAUUGUGAAACAGCGCAAAUGUCGCCGCCAUUAUGGCGUUAGUUUUUCCCAUCCUUACGAAUGCAGCCACCAUAACGGCUUCAAUACGUCUUUGCGUAGAACUUACAUGUCUCUCUUUACUGGCAAAGAGUACCUCACCGGUUUUCUGACAUGGAAGGUAGACAAGGGGUCAGUUGUGACUGAACAGACGGAGAUUCAACACAGAUUCACGUCGUCAUGGACAGGAGAUGAUCAUAACUCAUAUAGGCUCGAUCUAUAUUCUUGUGGUGCGGAUUCUCCGCCCGAGACGAUUGAAUGCACCGAUGCGGAAAAGGUUGGUUCCAUCACAUACGAUCUUGAAGAUUUGGACACCAGCCAGCUGCAAUGCAAGAUUGAGCCCGACGGAACGCGCCGGUAUCAAGCCCACUUGACGAUGGUCAUUCGCAUGGGCGACGCUGCCGGGUUGCUGACUUUCAAGGUCUUUUGCCAAGGCUCAGAGGUUGGAAGCGCCCAUCUGGACAUCUCUAGCGACUGA